AUGGGUUACGCACAGCUCGUUAUUGGUCCAGCAGGAAGCGGAAAGUCAACUUAUUGCUCAUCUUUGUUUGAACACUGCGAAACUAUCGGUCGAACAAUGCACGUUGUUAACUUGGAUCCCGCUGCUGAAAACUUUAAUUAUCCUGUGGCUAUGGAUAUCAGAGAACUUAUUUCUUUGGAAGAUGUAAUGGAGGACUUUGGUCUUGGUCCUAAUGGUGCCCUCAUGUAUUGCAUGGAAUACCUUGAGGAUAGCUUACAUGAUUGGUUGGAUGAAGAAUUGGAGAACUACAGGGACGACGAUUACCUUAUCUUUGACUGUCCAGGCCAGAUAGAGUUGUUUACACAUGUCGAUGUACUCAAGAACUUUGUGGAGCAUUUGCAGCAAAAGAACUUCAAAGUCUGUGUUGUCUAUCUGCUUGACUCACAGUUCAUAACAGAUGUGACAAAGUUUAUCAGCGGUUGCAUGUCGUCUCUCUCUGCAAUGGUCCAGCUUGAAUUACCACAUGUCAACAUCCUUUCAAAGAUGGAUCUCUUGCAGGAUAAAAGCAACAUUGAUGACUACUUGUAUCCGGAGCCUUGCACAUUGCUUGCAGAGUUAAACCAAAGGAUGGGUCCUCAGUUUGCAAAAUUGAACAAAGCCUUGAUUGAGAUGGUGGGAGUGUAUGGGAUGGUGAAUUUCAUACCCCUUAACUUAAGGAAAGAACGGAGCAUUCAGUAUGUUCUGUCCCAAAUCGACAUUUAUAGUAACAAAAUCAAGAUCAUCAAGGAGAUGAAUUUGAUAGAGCUGUUACCGUGGGUCUUGUCACACCGCCUCCACAUGUUUCAGGGAUGGUGUGACAAGAGCCACCAAUGUGCAAUGAGAUCAAUUGAUUGCAUGACCUUGCUUAAUAGGUUUAAGGUCAACCUAGUCUAUGUUGCAACAUGA